GUUUAGCCAAGUGAGAACAGGGAAUUAUUUUUUGUAAUUACUAUCGUAUCCAAUGUGUUUGUAAACAUUUUGAAGAACUUUGUGUGAUUUUCUGGUUAUGAUCUUAAAUUUUGCCACCUUUUUGGAACAUGCAUCCACACCUUUUGUGACACGGGACCGCCCCAUUUAGUCUCCUCUUACGACAAGCAAGGGGGUACUGAGGACAUAUUCUAACCCGGAUCCCCACGGGAUUGCUUGGAUAUAUUGAAUCGACAUAGCUUGCGUUUUUUUCUGAUUUAGACAGUCACAACACAGGAUUAAGUGAAAUGAAAUUUUAUUAUUUGUACUGAUUGAGUAAAAUAACAUAUUUUUUUGUAAAUGAACAGGAAUAACAUGUUCCCUCUUCCUUAUUGUUUAACGUCGAACUAUUCAUAUUAUUGGCUCUGAUAUUUGCUCAAUGCAAUUUGUCAUUCUUUUGAAAUUGGUUUUUGUAUUACUCAGCAACAGGAACGAGUUGGAUUUUAUCAGGAAUCAAAUAACGGUUUUCAACAGACAAGGGACAUGUUGAUCACGAUAUUUCUAUUAUGUGCUUCACUUUCUGUAUGUUUCGGUUUACAUGAAUGUAACGCUGGUUUCUAUGGAACAAACUGCUCAAUACCAUGCAGGCAUCCCAAUUAUGGCUUAGACUGUCAAAGGUUUUGUAAUUGUGAAGAACAGUUGUGCAACGCAACAUAUGGAUGUCUUUACAAUUUUACCACAUUAUCCGAUGACGGAUAUAUAAAACCAACUAUACCUUUAGAAGAAAACAAAACCAUGGAAACACAUUCACAAUUAAACCUUAUACUGAUAACGAUCAUAACAUCGUCUGGUUUUCUGCUCGUCAUCAUCUCAAUGAUAGUUGUAUAUCUUGCUAAUAAAAAGCACCUGUCCCGAAGGAUCCUUAAAACUGAGAAAUAUAUUGAUACUGUCAUAACAGAUCUUCCAGGGAGCAGAUGGAGGGAUACACCACGUGACAAUGCUGACGGUGAAGGGCGUCGUCCAUCUAGAUAUGAACAAUUGUCGCUAAAUUUAAGUACUGAUCUCUAAAUCUAGUUUGUGCAAUACUGAUAUGAUGAAUACUUGAUCAUUAGAUGGACUGAUUGAUUUAAUUUUCACGUCGUAUCGGAAAUUAUUCACCAUAAGGAGACAACAAGUUCGCUUAAAGUGCCACGGACAUAUGCUAGAGCUAUAUACGAAUUUAUUUGUGAGGAUCCAUUUUUGUGCCAACACCAACUGUGACACUGAAUUUCAGUUAAGGUACAUCUAAACAUGACACGAGACUUUUAAAAUGUCUCCUGGUUGUUUUGUUGUCAAUUAGUAAAAUGUUUUUAAAUAUUUCCA